UACACCAUUUCUAAGCCUAAUUAUCUAAUUUCUAAAGUCUCUUUGGCGCUCUCCCCUCUUUCUCCUCUUGGCAUGAAUCAGUACAAUGGCACUGGAAACCAAAGAGCCGAAAAUGGAGGAAACAUUCCCCCCAACAUGAAUUCUGCGGCUGCUGGUUUUGGUGGAUUUGCCGGCCCUGUUCUGGGAGUUCCAGCAUACAAUCAUGUCCCUCCUCGGCAGCCAUCUCCUGAGCCACCGUCAGCAGCCCAAACCGGCUACAUCCUACUUGAUGUCCCUGCUAGAAGAGCACGCUACGGCCGGAGAGGACGCCAACAUCCUCAAACCUACAAAUACAAUAACCCAUACCGCAGAUGCACCAACUACAAUUGUGACACUGAUGAUACUCCCAUGUGGCGCAGAGGUCCGCUAGGUCCUAAGGUAUUAUUUUCAUUUCAACUUUCCUAGUACAGUUAUUCAUUUAUAUAUAUAUAUAUAUAUAGAAAGUAAUUAAGUAUUAGCUUGUAAUGUAAAAAAUUAGGUAUAAAAAUACUCAAAAACUGUAUUAUCUUAAUAAAAUUUAAUUGAAAAA